GUGCCGAGAGACAGAAAAGGCCGGGACGGCUGGGCGAUGAAACGCGCUUCUGCUCCGGGAUGGAGGGGCCGGGGCAGCCAGAGCCUGAAGAAGUAGGAAUGACUGAAGUGCAGGAGCCUGUUGAAUCACCAGCAGCAGUGAUUGAGUCACCGGGGGACCAGUCACCUAUAGUUGAAUUGCCGACAUCAGUGGACCAGUCACCUAUAGUCAAAUUGCCAACCUCCGUGGACCAGUUACCUACAGAUGAAUUGCCAGAGUCUGUGGCCAGAUUACUCAUGGCUGAAUUUCCAGAGGCCGAGGCUGAAUCAUCCGUGGCUGAAUUGCCAGCUGUAGCCCAAGUACCCGUGUAUGAAUUGUCACCGUUUGUGGGCAAGCCACCUGUGGCUGAACCAGCAGAGACUGUAGUCGGAACACCUGUGGCUGAAUCAGCAGCAGUGGUCAAAUCACCAGAAGCUGAAGAGCCUAUGGUGUAUGAAGACCCCUUUGAAGUUUCCCUUAUGUACAUGGAGAAACAUAACAUUCUGCAGAUAUUUCAGGAGAUCACUGAAAACUUGGUGUAUGAGAAGCCCGAUGACCCCUUGCAGUUCAUGUUGCUGCAGGUGCAGUCCAUGAUGAACAAGCAGCUGGAAAUGGAGGAGGAAGAGGAGGAGCUGGGUGGUGACAGCUUCUACACAGCAGAGGACUUUCCUGGUGGCCACCAGUGACCUUGGCAACAUGGUUGUUAGCACAGGGCCUCUGGCUAGCACUGCACUCUCACACUUGGUGGAAAUGGUUUUGAACAGGUCUGAUGGUAACUGAGCUUUCUGACUUCUCUUGUUCUGGGUACUGCACUUCCAACUGCUUGUAAAUUAUGCAACAGCAUGUUAUCAUUGAUACACAGACCUCCUAAGAAACACACACACAACCUCCUGAACAUUCCUGCCAAACCCACCACACAGCUUGUACACACAGAGGCUACAUUUCUGUGCACACAGACCCUGCAGCUCUGAUCACACAUAUGCCCAGACAACAGCACAAACCCACAGCAGUGAGACUUAAUGGCUGUAUACCCAACCAGCCCUUGAACCCUUACACAUGUCUCUACCUUCUCUGUUCUGUUUUUUUGGGGGGUGCGGUCUGUCCCAAGCUGUCAUAUAACAAUCCACUAUAUAACAGUUUGGAACUCCAGUGUCCACACUGGGAGGGAAAUUUCUCUGUCCUUCUCCUUCCCAGAACCCCCUUGCCCCACACUGGAAGGGACGGUUUCCCCCUCAGCUAUCCCUGCUGAGUUCAGAUCACUCUGUCCUUUUGUAUUCUUCUCUCUCUCAUGGCAUAUACAAUUCCUAUACGCACACAACUAGAAGGUGAAGUUAAGGUUGCAGAGACGUGUGGCUUCAGAGCAUAUCACCCCUUAAAAAUACUAGUUGAAUGAAAAACAAAAAGAAGUGUUAGAAACCCAGGAAAUUUAGAGUUAAAGGGUACUUCUCAAACAAGUAAAUCAAAUUACUGUUAUCUGUCAUUCAAGUUACGUAUACGUAGGAUGACCAUAUUUCCCAAAGGAAAACGGGAUACCGUGCAGGGCUGGCCCAAGCACCUCCCACACCAGGGCUGGCUGGAGCCACUCACCCAAGCCUCCCUCUCUUCCUCACAGGGCCUGAGCCGCUCACCUGAGCCCUGCUCUCCCCUACGCCAGAGCCCUGCCUUCCGCCCCAGGCUGGCAUCGCACCCCCCCUCCCCGAUGUUCAUCUGCACCCCACUUUUUUGGAAAAAGUGGGCUUUUGUCCCAUUUGCUCUUACCAACUGAUCAAGUUGGCAAGACCAAAUGAGACAAAGGUCCACUUUUUCCAAAAAAGUCGGGACGGCUGUGACAGGGCUUAAAAAAGGGACUGUCCUGGGCAAAAUGGAAUGUAUGGUCACCCUACUUAUAUGGUCCUCAUCACCAUAGUAUCUGAGUGCCUAUCUCCAUCGCCUUAGAAAUGUCUGCCUACACUGCAGGUAUAGAAAAUGUGCACCGUAGAACACUGGCUUUAUAAUUUAUUUCAUGCAUACCUAUCUCCAGUACUUAGUGUGCUGUUUUGGCACCACACUGACCUUUGCUCAUUUUAGGUAAAUGCUUUAAUAUCAUGAUCUAGGUCUUUGAGGUUUGUAUAUAGUCACAUGCUAGCUCUGUAUCUAAUGGCAUUUGAAUAGUUACCUAAUGCCGGUCCUUUCCACUCAAGGAUCUCCAAGCACUCAGAACUAUUAGUUAAUCUGCUGUAUUCCAUUUUAGAGGCACAUGAGUGCCAUCUUUCGUUUCCAAAUAGAGCAUGAUCUUGUAAGGCAAGGAGGGCCAGAUUUUUACAGACCUUUAGGUGUCUAAAGAUGCUAAUAAGCACCUAGUGGGUUUUUAAAGUGUCCUUAGCAGGUUAGGUACUUAACUCCUAUUGAAUCACUUAGCCGCUUUUGAAAUUCCCAUUAGGUGCCUAUCUGGCCCUGAGUGCCCUCAGCACCUGAGAGAACUGGACCCUUAAUGAAAUCUGGGGAAUGAUUGUUUUCAGGCUGGUGGUAUUUGUCUAACCAAGACUUUUUGUAAAACCCUUUGAUGUGCACUGGGUAUGACCAUUAGGAAAGCUGGAAAGCAGCAGCAUUACUGUAUGAUUAAGACUGAAGCUUUCUAGCUUUUUGUGGCUACCUAUCAAAACUUCAUUUGAGAUGGAUAAGUUAGUGUGUCUUUCUGAUUCUUUUGUCAGGAUAUUGCUGUGAAACAGAGUUAAGGUGCCUGGCUUAAAAAAUGCAACUUUAACUCUGAAUUGACUGGGUUUCUAACAUUUAAGCAUUGUGUUUUGUGGUUUGUUUUUUAAUUUCUAACAUUCCUGAAAGGCCAUAUGCAUUCAAACCAUUGAUGAGCCUGCAGCUGUAACUUCACAUUACUGAAGUUUUUUGUGGGGGGAAUUUCCUCAGUUUCUUUUAAAUGGCCCUAAGGUUGGCUGGAGAGGAACCCUGACCUUUUCCCACAAAUCCUGUGAGUUUUGCAAGAGGGGAGGCUCAAACUGGCAGUCCUUAGAAGGUCCAGGGGAAAGAAUACCUCGUGGGUCUGCUGACUGCAUCAACUUCUGCUACUAACAUCUCCACCCAUUCUUGGAGGGAAGGCUUCCCGUGGGUGCACAUAAAGGGAGCUGAAUUCCUGCAAACUUCUGUAGGUCCACAGGAACAAGGCUCCUCUCCUGCAGGGACCAGGAGGUGCAUAGGAAUAUAGCCCCAUUCCUUUCAAUUGCGUGAUGUUUGAAGGACUGGAACUGGCUGCCUAUGGCUGGCAAGAGAGUUGGGGUGAGGACUGUAGAACUAAGAACAACUUCCUUAUUGUUCCUCAGGAGGUUCACUAGGAGAAAGGACUGGCUGAGAACAGGGCUUUGAUGGGGGUAACUGUUACCCCAUUCCCCUGAACCUCCUGCAACCACAGAAAUAGGGAGACCCACUUGUGAACCUUCCAGUGGAAAAAUCUCCCCCCCCCCCCCCGCCUUUUGACGAGCCUUCCAAGUUGACCACAUUACACUUUUAGCUCUCUCUUUGCAAGGAAAAGGGCUGAGUACUUACAUUUUAGAAAAAAAUGAAAGCUAAGGUCUCCAGCAAUCACAUGAUGUCUUGUGUUCAGAUUACCAGAGCUGACCUUCCUGGCAGCGUUACAGAGUGAAAUUUAAAUAACUCUUAAAAAUCAAAUUUUAAAAACUAUAUUUUGGACCUGGGUAUCUCCGCUAAGGGAGUCCAGUAAAGUAGAUUUUAUCACUGUCCUUUCUAUCCGAAGAAUUAUGUGAAACCCCCGACAUCUCUAUUUGGGAUGUCAUAAAUCAGAACCCCCUUGUCCCGUUUGCUUCAAAGUUAGCAAAAAAAUUAAAAUCUGUCUUAGCCACAGCUAUAACCAGAUAAUUUUGAGGGUGAUUUUUGAGGCUUUGCAGGGCAGGAGAGAAGGGGGUUCUAUCAAGGGGAAGAGGGAGCAAAUUGGAGUUUAAAAUGGAAACUUAGUUGCAGUCUUGCCUUUGGAAGGGCUGUCCCUGUUCUGUAAUGUUUCACCCUAAGCCAUAGUUCCCUGUUGAUCAGUGGAUACACAGUGGCACAACUGUCUCUAAUAGCAACUGGCAAACUUCUUGUUGUCUUCAAUGCUCUGAAGGAUCUCUCAGUUCACUGUGGGACAUGGUACCAUCCCUCAGACUAUUUCAUAUACAAAUCUGACUAUUCUAUAUGGGUUCUUAAACUGUGCUCAUCACCGUAGUAUCUGAGUGCUUUCCAGUGGUGUAUUAUGCAAUGUGACUAACAUCUGUCACGCAUUGUUAGCACUGUUGCCAACUUUCAUGCCGUAAAUUGGCACUCCGACUUUCACAAUGAGCCAAAAAUCAAGCUAAUCCCAUUUCAAAACUGGGCCAAAACAAGCCAAUCCCUAAGAACCCCAACACUGUAUGUGACUAGAUUCCCCCUGCAUGCUGUCUAGGACUGUGGUGGACCUGCUGUGCACCCCAACUCUCUCCUCCCCUUGCCCAUCCCUUCUUGCCCCUGCUUGCCAGGAGCCAAUCAAAAAAAAAAGAAGCAACAAGGUACAACAAGCUACAAGCUAAAAACUAGCCAACAAGCAACUCACAAGCCAAUUAAGCUAAAAACAAGCCCAAUUUCUGUGGGUUUUUUUGUGGGUUUGGCAUGUCUGAUUGUUAGUUCUCCCCCUGCAGAGAGAAUGAGAGAAGUGUGUGCAAUAGAGUGUCUUGUUUGGGUAGGGGGGCGAUUUGUUUUGCUUAUUAAUGUAUACACUCCUCUGCACUUGGAGCGGAAGGUGGUGAGGUUUGCAAUUGUCCUUAUCUCCUGAGGUAGUUCAUGCCACUGUCUAGGACCCAGUUUCAGAGGGGUAGCUGUGUUAAUCUGUAUCAGUAAAAACAAUGAGGAGUCCUUGUGGCACCUUAGAGACUAACAAAUAUAUUUGGGCGUAAGCUUUCACCCUUCUUGUCAACUGUUGGGAAUGGGCUACAUCCCCCACUAAUUGAAUUGGCCUCGUUAGCACUGACCCUCUACUUGGUAAGGCAACUCCCAUCUUUUCAUGUGCUGUAUAUUUAUACCUGCCUACUGGAUUUUCCACUCCGUGCAUCUGAUGAAGUGGGUUAUAUCCCACAAAAGUUUAUGUCCAAAUAAAUUUGUUAGGUCUCACAAGGACUUCUCGUUGUUUUUGUCUAGGACCAGCAUCCGAGAAAACUCUGUCACCUGCACAGAUGAGCUUUAUCUUUGUUGCAGAGAGAUCCAUUGACUGACAUAUACAGGCAUGACACUCAGCACUGGCAUGGUACAGAGCUGGUGGGACUCAUGGUCAUGCAUACAUAGGCUGCUCCAUGUACCCUUGCUAAUGAUCGAUGGAUAAGCAGAACUUGUAGGGACUGCCCACAAAGAAAUCAUAUCAGCCUCCAAAUUGAUUGAUUAGAUCUGAGGCCAAGAACAGAAUUUUUUGCAACGUCUCUGCAUGGGACAUAAAAUGAGCCAGGCUCCCCAACAAGAUGAAAGUGCUGUCUGAGUACAGCCUCUGAUCGUGUGCACAGAAAUGUUAUCGCUCUGUUGAUUAAAGUGCUUUUGCAAAGAUCAGCCACACCCUCUGCUGUGCUUUUUACAUCAGGCAGAAUGUCUAGAUGGGCUCUCUCUUCAAUGGUCAGCUGCUUAUGGCAUGGUGCAUUACUGCAUGAUAAAGACUUAUUGGGAUGAAAUAAUCACUGUAUGACACUUCUUAAAGUUGCCCUAACUCUACUGAUUUCAAAGGUGUUACAAUUAGCCCCCUCCAUAUAGUCUAGGCAGCUUAAUUGGCUAAUUUGGCCUAAUUCAGCUCUUGCAGAGCAGGUGGGGGGUACACCCCAUCACAGGUCUGAACAUAGAUAUAGGCGGCAGGUUCAAGCC